AUGGGAUUCUUGGAAAACCAGCUUUUCUUCCUCCAUUUCACUGUCUACUUCCGACACCUUGCCGCUAUUGUAGCCAUAUUUGCGGCUGUACCAAGUCACUGGCGAGUUGAAGCGAGAAGCCGAUCAACACAUCGUCUUCCGUCUUGCUUGUGGCAAGCGGUAGACUUCGAGUGGCUGCCUGUCGAUGGGUCCUGGCCCCGACCCAACAUGGCGGUCGUGUCGGCCAAUCAGAUCACGGCAGAAGGACGAUCGAUACUGAACCUCAGUUCAACUGUCCUUCAGGCGGCCAGGCAGACGAUGAUCCGACCAGGCCGAGGCCAGAAAGGCUUUAUUCGCACUCUUCUGGCGCUCUGCUGUCUGUCCACGGGCGGUUCGACCAGACUGGCGGAAGAGGCGUGCGAACAAAAGGCCACUUGGGGCCCGUGGAGGUGUCCCGGACGUGAGGACAAGUGCUCUGGCGCCAAGGCGAAGAAGUACCGAUGCCCGGAGAACAAUUGUACAGAGUUCAGCCAGUGCGUUGGGCUGCCGAACUUUCAGGUAAAUACUGUCAAGACCUUUGAAUCGAGGUUUAAGUCUGCCUGA